UUCAAAUCUGUUGAUAUUCUAAAGUAAAGAAAAGCAACUCUCGCGGGAUUUAGCGGCAACAUACAGUACAGAUUAUGUUUUCAACAACCGGUUAAGCAGUGAUAAAAACAUUGUAUAUUUUAAUAUGUAAGGCCAAAACCUUACAAUAUUAUCGAUAUCACCUGAGAAGUCUGGAUUUUUAAGAGAUUAGUUAGAGAUACUGCUCGGUUGCUAGCAUGCCGCAGUUAGCAUAGCUACAUGCUAAAGUUAGCUUCGUCUUGGACAACGUGAACAUCUGAAUAUUUAUUCUACAGUAAAGUGUGUCUUUAUAGUUAACUAACAAUGAAGUGUCAUUAUGAAAUAUUGGGUGUGAAACGAGAUGCAGGAGACGAUGAUUUGAAGAAGGCGUAUCGUAAAUUAGCUUUGAAAUGGCAUCCAGAUAAAAACUUGGACAAUUCUGAGGAUGCGGCGGAGCAUUUCAAGCUGAUUCAGGCAGCUUAUGAUGUCCUGAGUGAUCCGCAGGAGAGAGCUUGGUAUGACAAUCACAGGGAUGCUCUUAUGAAAGGAGGAAUCAGUGGGGAUUAUGAAGAUGACAGCAUUGAUCUGCUGCAGUACUUCACGGUCACUUGCUACUCUGGCUACGGAGAUGACGAGAAGGGCUUUUACAUAGUGUACAGGAAUCUCUUUGAGUCCAUUGUUAAGGAGGAGAUGGAGCAGGCCAAGGUGGAAGUUGAGGACGACGAGGAGGAGUUUCCUCCAUUUGGAGACUCUGAUAGUGACUAUGACACCGUAGUGCACAUGUUUUAUGGCUACUGGCAGAGCUUCUGCACUCGUAAAAACUUUGCCUGGAAGGAGGAGUUCGAUACGAGGCAGGCCUCCAACCGCUGGGAGAAAAGGGCCAUGGAGAAGGAGAACAAGAAGACCAGAGACAAGUCUCGAAAGGAGCGCAACGAGCUUGUGCGCCAACUUGUGGCUUUUGUUCGCAAGCGUGACCGGCGCGUGCAGGCCCACAGGAAGCUGGUGGAAGAGCAGAACGCUGAGAAGAUCAAGAAGGUGGAGGAGCAGAGGCGGAAGCAAAAGCUUAGCCAGGCCAAACUGGCAGAGGAGUACAAGGAGCAGAGCUGGGCGGCCAUGUCUGAACUUGAGAAGGAGCUGCAGCAGAUAGAGGCUCAGUACGGAAAGGAGUUUGGAGAUGUAUCAGAAAGUGAGGAAGAAGAGCUGGAUAGGGACUCACGGGAGAAGAACAGUGAAGAAGGAGGAGAGCAGCCUGAUGGAGACGAACUAACUGAUUAUUAUGAUGAUCUGUACUGCCCGGCCUGUGACAAAUCCUUCAAAUCAGAUAAAGCCAUGAAAAACCAUGAAAAAUCCAAAAAGCACCGGGAGAUGGUGGCGUUGCUACGGAAACAGCUGGAGGAAGAAGAGGAUUUGCUUGGUUUGAAGGUGAACGGAAAGGAGGGAAGAGCGGAGGAAAAUAAACAGGAAGACGAGGGGGAGGAGGAAGAAGAAGAAGAGGAGGAGGAGGAGGAGGAAGACAAGCCAAGGCAAAAGCUGUCCAAAAAGCAAAAGAGGAAAAAGAAACAGCAGAAAGUAGCACAGCAGAGUGCUCCUGAGGAAGAGGAAGAGAAACCAACACCGACCGCCAGCGAGGAAGAAGUCCCCGAGAAGUCAGAGAACCCUACAGAGCCUGAGAAGCAGGACGUUACCCCUCCCACAGAAGUCAAGAGCAGCUCUGGGAAGACGAAAGGAAAGAAGGCAGGGGGAAAGGACAAACCCAAGAAUGUCAAGUCUACUACAGCAGAAGAAGAGUGUCCUGAGAAGGAAAUAAACCUCCACUGUGUGAUCUGCAACACGGAGUUCCCCACAAGAAACAAGUUGUUUGACCAUCUGAAGACCAGCGGUCACUCCAUCGCGCUCUCCUCAAACGCUCCUCCCAGUGCAAUGAACAAGAGCAAAAAAGACAAGAAGAAGAACAGAUAGCAGAUAUUCAUCUGGGCAGAUAAUGCUGAAAGUGGUUGGCUGCGGUCGAAUAGUCAACAUAAUUAUGUCCUAUGUUUCGCACCUUGACCUCGAUGGAAAACGUCAUGAGGUCAAGGAAAGAUGUGAAGGAGAAUUUAGGAAAAGACAACUACGGUGCUAAGAGAAUCCGACUGCACUUACACUAGACUACGUAAUUAUACAACAGCAGAUGUUAUUGAAGUGGGUCUGCCGUGGUGCUUUAAAUGUUGCUACCGCAAGGAAUUGUGGGAAUGCAUUAUGGUCCGGUGUACACUAUGCAAAAGGAGAUGAGAAAGGAAGCAUUAAAGCAGCUUUCCUGAGCAUUUAGAGAAUUCGACCAGCUCUUAUCAUGGCUGCCAUUUAGAUACAUCCAGGUCAUUUCACUCAGUUAGGAUCCUCCCUAAGCAAAAAGGACUAUUCAACCGCAGCCAUUGACUCAGCAGGGAUAAAGGAAACUCUGACAAGUCUCUCUGAAGGAAGAUAAACUAAAAGAAGCCUUUGAAAGUGGACUUUUAAUGGACUGGUUGGCUGAAUUUUUCUUUAAUUACAUAAAGAUCUUGUUCAGUGAGACAGUUAUGUGUGUGUGAGUGAUUGAGACUGCUGUAUAUUGAAUUAUUGAAACUUUGUCAGUACCUUUCCCAGUAAUUUAUGAACGCCUCUGAACUGAUGAACCAGUAGAGAAAAACCUGUUAUUAUUAAAUCCUUUACCGUUUUGGGAAUAAUCUCUCUUGGUUGGUCAUGACGAGCUCUGUAGUGGUAUUACUGCAUCAUACAAAUAAAGUGCUGCAUGUUGGUAUUUAUACAACAACUCUGGAAUGAUUUGCAUUAUUGCCUCUACUAA